AUGGAAAACCCGGCAUUCCGGAAAUCUUUAGGGGGAGAUGCGACGACUCCCCCUAACCCGACGAUAGUCACCGUAGACGAAAUGGCAUUGCGUCGCAGUGUAAUUUUCAACGAAGGUCGCUUGAAGCAUGAAGAGAAGUUGUUCUUGGACAUGGUUUCAGCAGGUGAUAUCCUCAACUUGAGGGAUUUGUUAUCGAAAUACCCCGAUCUGAAUAUAAACUGCUGCGAUUUCAAAGGUCAUGGGGCCCUCGAAAUCGCAGUUCGAGCUCACGACUUCCAUAUGCUGCGAGAACUUCUCCUCCAACCAACACUCGAAACAAGCCUCGUCUACAGAGCAGUCCUAAUUGCGAUCGAAGAAAAUCUCAUCGACGAAGUCAAUUGUCUACUCGAGAGUGAAUCAGCUGUACGUGCCGCGCGGGAACAGCCGGCGGACUAUCCGAAUAUUUUUGUGGACAAUGUGACACCAAUCAUGCAAGCUGCCAUACUUAAUCGUCUAGAGAUAACAAAACUACUCCUGGACAAGGGACAUUACAUCGAGAAACCCCAUCCCCGAGAAUGCACCUGUGAACUCAGAUGUGGGCGUGAAGACUUUCACGAAGAGCUUUCACAAUCCCAAAUCGAGCUGAAUUCUCUGCGGGGUCUGGCUUCCCCUACCUUCAUGGUGCUGACAUGUUCGGAUCCGAUCUUGACAGCCUUCUACAUGGCAAAGGAUUUGGCUUGCAAGGCCAAAGAAAGGCCCGAGUUCCGAGACGAAUUCAUCGAGCUUUCCGAGCAGUGCGCGAAAUUCGCCGCUGAACUCCUCGAUCAAUGUCAAACUUCUGAAGAGGUUCAAACGGUGUUGGCACAGACGCAGGGAUUCCCGGACUCGAGACCGUUCCGGUUCCCACGGCUUUACCUGGCGAUUCUUCUCGAUCAGAAAGAAUUCGUCUCGAGACCGAAUUGCCAGCAGGUCUUGCGAACGCUCUGGCUGUCCGGUCUCCCUGAGUGGUACUCGUGGAGUUUCUAUCGGAGGUCCUCAUACGUAUUCACCCAAAUACUGUUCACACCACUCCUGUGCCUGACGUUCUUACUGUACCCGCGAGCAAAGAUUCUGGACGUUUUCAAAGUUCCAAUGAACAAGUUCAUUCAUCAUAUCACGCUGUAUUUGAUAUUUUUAUCGUUGCUCCUCAUAACGCUUUUCUACGGACGGCGAGAUCAGUUCCGAUUACGCGCUCUGUGGAGUGAGGUGCUCGUUGGAAUCUUUGUGGUGGGCUACGUGUGGGAGCUGUUUUUGAGCAUCUACACGCUCGGCCUUCGAAUAUUCAUGCGAUCGAUGUGGUCGGCCUAUCAGCUAGUCAUGUUCUUCUUGUUCCUCGUCGCUGAGAUCCUCUUCCUCAUCGUCUUCGCUACUUCUCGCACCCUGAAAGACAGCCUCCAGCGAGAACUGUGGCCGUGGUAUCAUCCCUAUCUGCUGGGGGAAUCCCUCUAUGCGAUCGCCACCGUCAUGGCUUUCUGUAGAUUACUACAGUGGUGUCAACUGAGUAAAAUCAUCGGACCGCUCGGGAUCUCUCUGAACAAAAUGACUGGAGACAUUUUCCGUUUCAUGGCAAUCCUAGUCAUUGUCUUCGUCGCCUUCUGCGCCGGAAUAAACUCGAUCUACAAGAACUACAAAGGGAACGCCGUGCUUGUUCGCGGCGUCAAGAACAUCACUCAGCCGGAUGCUUUCGUCGGCAUCGGGAAUACGCUCAAAUCACUCUUUUGGGGCGUCUACGGAAUGGGCUCACCGGAAUACGCGGAUCUAGUCGUGUCGCAGAGCGUGUCCCCCACUGAACGUAUACGCAAGCAUUAUUUCUCCGAAAUUGUGGGCUACAGCUUGUGGGCUCUAUUCCACAUCUUCACGGUGAUCGUUCUCCUCAACAUGCUCAUCGCCAUGAUGUCUGACAGUUUUCAGCGCAUCCAGGAGAACGCUUACAGAGAAUGGAUGUUCGCGCGAGCAUCCCAGUGGAUACAAUACUUCGAUAACCAUACUGCCAUACCUGCGCCAUUCAACCUCCUCCCCUCGGCCUACUGCCUGAUCCAAGCGUAUGAAAUCGGACGCUCCAUCUUCCAACAGGAAUGGCGGAGAGCCCGUAAGCAGUGCUCGCCUGAGAGAGCAUGUUUCCCGAACUACGAGUCUGCGCGAGAGCUUCAGAAACGUUAUCAACACAAUUACGAGACCCUGAUAAUCUUGCUGAUUCGGCGCUAUAUGCAAGCUAGGGAAAUGCUCGAAAGAGAUCGAGCUCUCUCGCGAGUGCUCUCGUCAUUCUUGUCCCAAGACUACGGCAACAAACACGAGUCUUGGCAACCGAAUCAAAAUUCGCAACAGCCACAAUCCCCGGGAGUUCAGCCCGUAACUCUGCGAAAUCCGUCCAAAUUGUGGAUCUUGGGUGGCCACAAAUGA